AUGCACUUCUACCGUCUGCCAGACAUUGGUGUCCUUCAUUUUCACCGUGGCAACUUUCGGCAGCCGACUUUCAUGAAUUUCGACAUCACCGUCGACUGGGCUGAGCAAGCCGUCUCGAACAACAUCACACAGUUUCAGCCCAAUUACGAGCGCGAGAUCCGUAACCUGAUCGCGCAGUCGUACUCGCACACCUGCGAGGUCCGCACUGGAUGCGAAGCAAUCGCCUGCGAGGAAAGGGAUGAUCACAGUAUCGUCGAGUACAUCGCGCGCGACGGGUCGCACCAGUUUGUUCGCACCGCGUGGCUAGUCGGCGCAGAUGGGAAGCGCGGCGUUGUGCGCAAAAGAUUCCUUGAGCCCCAAGGAAUCCGCCAGGUCGACGGAUUCUACAAGUAUGUAGGGACUUGGGUUGCGGCGAACCUGCACAUAACCAUUCCCACACCUCAAUCGCAUCCGGAGUUCCCCCUCUGGCGGCUGGGAUAUACCCCGCAGGAAGUGCAUGAUGCCUUUUGGCCGAGUGGUUUUCAUUUCUGUAAUAGCUCGAGCCGGCCGGCAGUGAGUGGCCGGUUUGGACCGCCGAAUUCCGGGUUCUGGAGACACGAGUACUCUGUGGAGCCGGAUGAUGCGCUCGAUGAUGUUGAGGAGGGCUUCUGGAGGCAAUUUGGUCCGUGGACAAAAGUCCCAGGGUCGCAAUUCUCCAAGACCCUACGAAAUACGCUCGUCGAGUUCCCGCGAGACUGCAUCAGGCUUAUCCGAUGCAGACCCUUCACCUUUGCGACCAAAAUCGUCAACCGCUGGUUCAGCCGCAGGACAAUGCUCAUCGGCGACGCUGCGCACGUCUUCCCUCCGUUCGGCGGGCAGGGCAUUGCCGCAGGGAUCCGCGAUGCGCAAAGCCUCAGCUGGCGCCUGGCACUGAUGUCGAACCUGGGCGUUUCGGUCCAGCUGAGAGAGCGGAUCCUGGAAGGCUGGAGCCAGGAGCGCCGCCAUGCAUGGAACUCCGCGACGCUUGCGACCAAGCUCAACGGCAGCAUUGUGAACGACCGCUCCUUGGUCAGCGGGUGGAUCUACCGGGUCUGCAUGCGCGUGGUCUGGUUGUUCCCCUGCCUCGCCCGAUGGCGCACCAGACGUGCGUUCCGAGAUAAGUUGAUCUACAACGCCCGGACGUGUCCGGAUGGGUUCUUUUUGGAACAAAAGGGCGGAGGGCGCAAGGUCGCGCAAGUCUGGGUGCGUCGGAGAGACACCGCGCCGGUACUGUCGGACACAGUGUUUCUGCGUAACCUGCCUCGUCUAGGGCUUAUUGUCUUUGUCAGGAGCGUGGUGGAUGCUGAGACUGCGGUGGGAGAGGUCGACGAGGCGAUCUACCAGGCUGGGGUCUCACCGGAGCUACUCACCACCAUGGAUGUGACGUACUAUUGCUUGGCCUCAAAGGGUAUAGUUGCAAAGGUACUGGAAAAGCUCGGCCUGGUGGACCAGACGUACUAUCCUUGCAGAGAGGAGGAGCUGAAGGAAGAAGGAAUCAGCCCAAUCAGGGGCUACUGUGAAACUGCAGUGCAGGAUCGCUAUCCCUCGUCGACCAAAUACGUUCUGAUGCGGCCAGAUUUCUUCGUUCACUCUCUGGCGGCCAAUGGAAGGGAGUUACGGGCGAAUCUGCAGGCUGCGAAUGAGUACUUUUCUGAUCUGUAA